AGCAGAGAGAGAGCAAAGUUACUACUCAAUUCUGCACGAGCUCCUGGAAGUCUUCUCUGUCUAGAGCGCGCUCCCGCUGACUCCUUUAGUCUUGCGUUGCGCGCUCCCGUCUCUCUGACAUUCCGCCUGCACUCACGUGUUUUCUGUGUAUAAAAGGGUCCCAGUCUCUCAUCAUGUCCACUGUGUCACCAGACAAACGGCGAAAAAUGGAGUCAGCGCUGAACCAGCUGAAGAAACACACUGUGGUGGUGGCAGACACCGGGGACUUCAACGCCAUUGACGAGUACAAGCCACAAGAUGCCACCACUAACCCUUCUCUUAUCCUGGCUGCUGUCAAGAUGCCUGCCUACCAGCACCUGUUGGAUCAGGCCAUUAAAUACGGCAUCGCCAAAGGCGGAACUGAAGAGGAGCAGGUAGCCAACACAAUGGACAAGCUGUUUGUGAGUUUCGGGCUAGAGAUCCUGAAGAAGGUCCCAGGCAGAGUCUCUACUGAGGUGGAUGCCAGACUAUCUUUCGAUAAAGAUGAAAUGGUUGCCAAGGCCCUGAGGUUCAUCGCUCUCUACAAAGAGGCAGGCAUUGACAAGGAGCGUGUGCUCAUCAAGCUGUCAUCCACAUGGGAAGGAAUCCAGGCUGGCAGGGAACUCGAGGAGAAGCACGGUGUUCACUGCAACAUGACCCUGCUGUUCUCUUUUGCUCAGGCUGUGGCCUGUGCAGAAGGAAAGGUAACACUUAUAUCACCCUUCGUCGGGCGCAUCCUCGACUGGCACAAGGAGAAUACAGGCCGCACAAGCUACGAGCCACACGAAGACCCAGGUGUGCUGAGUGUGACCAAAAUUUACAACUACUACAAGAAGUUUGGCUACAGCACUGUGGUGAUGGGCGCCUCCUUCAGAAACACUGGGGAAGUGAAAGCCCUGGCAGGCUGUGAUCUGCUCACCAUCUCCCCUGGGCUGCUAGCAGAGCUAAGCCAGGACCACAGCACCGUCACAGAGAUGCUUAAUGUGGAGAAAGCCAAGGCCUGUGAUCUGGAGAAGAUCCACCUAGAUGAGAAGGAUUUCCGCUGGCAGCACAACGAGGACCGCAUGGCCGUGGAGAAACUGUCUGACGGCAUCCGCAAGUUCGCUGCUGACGCCAUCAAGCUGGAGACCAUGAUCAAAGAGAAAAUGCUCAAUGUUAAAAACAGCCAGUAAUGGACAGAGUUGGCAUCUCCGGCAGCAUUGACAGGAAAUAUAAGGAGUUAUCGGGCUGCCUUCUUUUUUUCAAACUACCUGAAAGAAGGUGCAGAGCACUAGGCCUUCCCUCUCCUAAUCUGACCAAACUCCAGGGACCUUCCUCCUGAAUGGACACCUUGCCUCUCUUAGGCUGGGAUUAACUCGUCUGUUUUCUGACCAAACAUACAUGGUGAUUGAUGCUAAUGUUGGUGUGGAGUUGAUGUGAAAUAGUCUUAAUAUUUACUAGAAAUUUGACCAAAAAGGGAAAAAAAAAAAAAACCAUUUAAUGUCUUAAUUAGUUUUGGUAUUGCUGAGUAAUAUCAUGUGACUGCUGGAAAGGACCAUGGGCACUUCUUGGCAGGAAAUGACCACAAUUCUAUUUUUUAUCAACACCAUUUGGAUGGGGUUGAGGGUAGAACUUGAUAAAGACCAUUGUACCAUCAUUCCUCAGAAUAUAAUCUUUUGCUUUUUUUCAAUGAAUAAAAAUCUCAGUCAAUA